CUCAAAAUCUAGUGUAAGAGUAUGGUUUAUUUUUUAUAUGUUUAGUUGUUUAUAUUUUAGAAAGCGUCACAGGUGGGAUGAAAUAUUUUACAAUGCUAUAAUCAUGUAUGGUUAGGUAAGGAGCAGGUAAUAGCUCAGUUUGUGUGUGUGUGUAUGUCCAAGGUCACUGUAAAUAGUUUACCCCAGCUGGAACCAGGCUUUGUCCCUCCCAGAGAUACCACACUAUUUUUAGCUUAGAUUGGAUAACUCUUUAUAUACAACUCUUUGCCAAGGUCCCAGCUGCUUCAUGUUUGCUUACUUUGAUAUUUUGUUAACACCUAUUUAGCAUUUCAAUAAACUCCAGAAUGUUUCCAGGUUACUUUUUGUAGUAUUACGAAAAACACACUGAUCAUUUAGGCAUUGUAUUAGGCUGCAUUCACUCAACAUUUCCUGAAUGCUUAAAUACCAGGUCUUUGGGAUACAACAGCGAACAUAACAAGCAAAAAUUUCUGCCCUCAUGCAGCAUACAUUCCAGUGACUACAUAUGAUAAAAAUCCAAAAUAAUAGAGGCCACACUGGUCUGGAUCCUCAAGUGAUCCGCCUGCCUCGGCCUCCUAGUGUGCUGGGAUUACAGGUGUGAACCACCGCGCCUGGCCUGCAAAAGUCUUUUAACUGGCCUCCCCAUCUCCAAACUCUAUCCUCCAUAUUAGUGUUGCAGGACUUUUUAAAAUAAAACCUUGGUCAUUUAAUUUCUCACAUUAGAAAACUUCCACUGUUUUUCAUUGUUUACAGUAGAAAUCCAAUUCUCUUAGUAUGGUAUAUAAGACUCUUCAUGAUCUAGCCCCAGUAAAACACUCUACAGUCUCCCCACCCAAUAUUUUUUUCACCGUAUCCCUUCCAUCUGGCCAGGCUGAGUCCUGGCAGCCACGACCCCUUAUGGAUCAUGCUGGUUUAAAUCUCCUGGGUUGCUCAUGUUAUUCCUGCUCCUACAAAGAUCUCCAUCUUCUUGUCUACCUAAAGAAAACCUACUCAUCUGUGUGCAAUCACCAUAAAAACUAUCUCUCUUCUGCAGCCUUUCCUGCAAUUUCCAUACCUCUGGCACGGACCUUUUAAAAAUACCUUUUAAAAAUACCCCAUAUAUAUUUAUCAUAGCCUCUACAGUAUUUUGAUUACACUUAACUAAUUACAUGACUUCUCUUUUAGUCUUCUUCUCUAAUCUCUUGAGGCCAUGGACCAUAUCCCAUUAUUUUGAAUCCCAAAUGCCUAGUACUGUUCUUGGUAUAUGGUUAAGAUGAUCAUACGACUUGGUUUGUGCCUGUUGACCUGGCUUAAUAAUUACACCCUCUUUACUCUCAAAAGUUUCUUGGUUUGGCAGAUAAAUUAUAUUUGGUCAUUCUCCACACAGUAUAUGCCUGGCAAUAAAUGAAUGAAUGAGCACCAGCAUCUGAGCACUUAUUACCAUACAAUAUAUACAUGUAUAGUAAUACUUUUUUAAAAAGUUAUUUAUGAUGAUGUGCUGCUUUUUUUGCUUAGCUUCAUUAGAACUGGCCAGCUCCUUUUUCUCACUUGCCAAGCAUGGGGAGUUGGUUUAGAGUUGGUGUUUCAUCUUUUCCAGUUACAGUGUGAAAGUAGUCCACCAGCCCACGCUCUUAUUCCUAAAGACCGCAGUGACUCCACGGACUUAAGUUAUCAUUGCUUCCAGUUUCCUUGGGCAACGCAGCACGCAAUUUUGGACGCGCUGCGUGGUUUCAGAGUCGGCUGUAACUUCUCUCACUUUAUAAUCAUCAGGAAAAGUUCCUGAUGCCAGUCUUCCAAACGCUCAAUGAAAUAAAAACCAGAUAGCACCGCAGAGGAGGCUGAGAUGCAACGACAAAAGCUGUCGUAAUUAUUAAUAAUACCUAACCCUGGAUCACUCCCCUGAUAGAUCUGUAUCUUUGCAGCAGGCGCAAUUCAGUUUGGUUUCACCCAAAACAAAAAUGGUCUCCGUCGGAGUCAACGCCCUUUCCUGUGCGGACCAAUCAGAAUCUCAAACACAGGGCACGGGGCCCACACUUCCGUCCGGUCUUCUUGGUCUCUCUAACCGCGCUAGUGUGCCUCCGACUCGGAACGGCUUCCGCGGCCUGGGCGGCGAGGGCCGGGGGCGGCGGGCGGGAUGAGUGCGGUGUGCGGUGGAGCGGCGCGGACGCUGCGGACGCCGGGACGCCACGGCUACGCCGCCGAGUUCUCCCCGUACCUGCCGGGCCGCCUGGCCUGCGCCACCGCGCAGCAUUACGGCAUCGCGGGCUGUGGAACCCUACUAAUAUUGGAUCCAGAUGAAGCUGGGCUAAGGCUUUUUAGAAGCUUUGACUGGAAUGAUGGUUUGUUUGAUGUGACUUGGAGUGAGAACAACGAACAUGUCCUCAUCACCUGCAGUGGUGAUGGCUCGCUGCAGCUCUGGGACACUGCCAAAGCUGCAGGGCCACUGCAAGUCUAUAAAGAACACACUCAGGAGGUGUAUAGUGUUGAUUGGAGCCAAACCAGAGGUGAACAGCUUGUGGUGUCUGGCUCAUGGGAUCAAACUGUCAAAUUGUGGGAUCCAACUGUUGGAAAGUCUCUGUGCACCUUUAGAGGCCAUGAAAGUAUUAUUUAUAGCACAAUCUGGUCUCCCCACAUCCCUGGUUGUUUUGCUUCAGCCUCAGGUGAUCAGACUCUGAGAAUAUGGGAUGUGAAGGCAGCAGGAGUAAGAAUCGUGAUUCCUGCACAUCAGGCAGAAAUCUUGAGUUGUGACUGGUGUAAAUACAAUGAGAAUUUGCUGGUGACCGGGGCGGUUGACUGUAGUUUGAGAGGCUGGGACUUAAGGAAUGUACGACAACCAGUGUUUGAACUUCUUGGUCACACCUAUGCUAUUAGGAGGGUGAAAUUUUCACCAUUUCAUGCUUCUGUGCUGGCCUCUUGCUCGUAUGAUUUUACUGUAAGAUUCUGGAACUUUUCAAAGCCUGACUCUCUUCUUGAAACAGUGGAGCAUCAUACAGAGUUUACUUGUGGUUUAGACUUCAGUCUUCAGAGCCCCACUCAGGUGGCUGACUGUUCUUGGGAUGAAACAAUAAAGAUCUAUGACCCUGCUUGUCUUACUAUUCCUGCUUGAGAUACACUACUUUGGUCAGAAACAGAGGAUGUUAGCUGAAGAACUGCCUAACAGCAAAUAAAUUAACUAUGGAAAACAUAGACAUUAUGCUUUUAUAUGCUAUUCAGAUUUCAAAUCUUUCCAAUUUACCCUGGAAUCAGUUUUGAGGGAGCUGAUAAAGACUUUAGCUGACUCUUUAAGCCUGAUACAUAAGCCAUAUUUAAAAUUCUAAGAAAUAAUUAACGUUAUGAUAUAUCUUGUAAUAUCUAUUAAAAUGUAGUCUCUGGGUCAUAAAAUGGAUUAAAAUAUGGGAGAUCAGUAGGUUAUACUUAUAUAGAUAGUGAUAUAUUUCAUUUUUAAUUUGUCAUUUUUGAUGUAAAAUGUAAUCACUGCUGUGAUAAAUAAACUGUAUCUAUUGAUCAUUUA